UAAUUAUGAAUUUAUUUUGUAGCAGAUGGACUCAGGAUUGUGAUAUUUGGAAAAAGUGAGGACUAUAAGAACUCUCUCUGCAAAUCCAUCAUGAAGAAAAAGCAAAUUCCAUUUAUUAAACUUAACCCCUCAAAGCACAGCGUGGUGGCUUGUGGAGAAUGGAGAGGAAAACCAGUGAAGGUUGUAAAAUCUCCUGACAUCUUCAGUCUCUCAGUGGAAGCUUUAAUAGAAAAACUGCAGAGUUGUAUGACGCUUUGUCUUCCUGGACCAAAUGUUCUGCUGCUGUUAGUGAAGCCUUCAGAGUUCACUGAGAAGAACAGAAAAACACUGAAGUUUGUUUUGAGCUUGUUUCAUCAAGAUGCCUUCAAGUAUGCCAUGGUCGUCAUAACACAUGAACAUGAAAUGAGUCCCUCUGUUAAUGAACUUCUGAAAGAAUGUGCUGGAAGAUACUACUGCAUGUUUAGAGAAGAUCAUAACAUAUUAAUGCAGGAGAUCGAGAACAUUUUGGAUAGAAAUGGAGGAACAUUCCUCACCUUCAGAGAUGAGAUCAGCAGACCCCAACGUAAACAGAUGAAACCUCCUCUAAACCUGGUUCUGUUUGGGAGGAGAGGAGCAGGGAAGACCUUAGCAGCCAAGGUCAUUCUAGGUCAGACAGAGCUUCAUUCAGCCUCCAACUCAUCAGAGUGUGUUAGAAACCAGGGGCAGGUGUGUGGACGUUGGGUUUCUCUGGUGGAGCUGCCUGCCUUGUAUGGAGAAGCUCAGCAGAAGGUGAUGGAGGAAUCAUUCAGGUGUAUCUCCCUCUGUGAUCCUGAGGGUGUCCACGCUUUCAUCCUGGUCCUACCUGUGGGUCCUCUCACCGAUGAAGACAAGGGAGAGCUACAGACCUUCCAGGACACCUUCAGCUCUCGGGUCAAUGACUUCACCAUGGUUCUGUUCACUGUGGAGUCAGAUCCUAAACAUCCGGCUGUUGUUAACUUUGUAAGCCGAGACAGAGACAUCCAGAAGCUCUGUCGGAGCUUUGGAGAAAGAUAUGUUGUUGUCAACAUGAAGGAUAGGCAGCAGAUCCCAGAACUGCUGGAGAAGGUGGAUAGAUCAAUCAUUCACAAGAAUAGUCCAUUUUUUUACACAUCAGAGACAUUCAUAAGAGGCCAAAUACAGAAGAGCAUACAGCAAGAUGAACGUAUCACCAGACUAGAGGCUGAAAUGAAGAAACUCAAAAAGACACCGUCAGAUCUGUGUGCGGAAUCAGAUCAGAGCUCCAAGUGUCUGAGGAUUGUGCUGAUUGGAAAGACCGGUUGUGGAAAGAGCUCCUCUGGAAACACAAUUCGGGGACGUAAAGUCUUUAAAGCUGAGACCAACCCCAAAUCAGUCACAAAACGUUGUCAGAAAGAACAAUGUGAGGUGGACGAUCGUCCUGUUGCUGUGGUCGACACUCCUGGUCUGUUUGAUGACAGUUUGACCCAUGAAGAAAUUAAUGAGGAGACUUUAAAAUGUGGGCACAUUCUGGCUCCAGGCCCACAUGUCUUCCUGCUGGUAUUACGGAUUGGGAGAUUGACACCAGAGGAGAAAGAGAUGUUGAAAUUAAUAAAGGAAGGCUUUGGGAAAGAUGCAGAAAAGUUCACCAUCCUUCUUUUCACAAAUGGAGAUACACUGGAACAUGAUGAGCAGACAAUCGAAAGUUACAUAGAAAAAGAUAAAGAUUUCUUAGAGAAGCUGAUCUCUGACUGUGGAGGAAGAUACCAUGUGUUUAACAACCAUGAUAAACAGAACCGAACGCAGGUCAGUGAGCUGAUCAGAAAGAUCAACACCAUGGUGAAGCAAAAUGGAGGAAGCUGCUACACCAACGAGAUGCUGCAGGAGGCUGAAACUGCCAUCCGGAAAAAAGCUGAGAACAUCCUGAAGGAGACGGAAGAAGAAAUGAAACGAGAGAAGGAGGAGCUUAAAAGAAAAUAUGAUGAAGAAAUGCAAGAAAUGAAAAGAAAAAUGGAAGAACAAAAAGAAAAACUAAGACAGGAAGCAGACAAGAAAUUAAAGGAAAUGAAAGAACAUAUUGAUAAAGAGCAUAAACAGAGAGAGAAGGAGCAGGAAGAGAGAGAAAAGGAAAAGAGAAAAAGAGAAACAGAUGAAAAAACUCAUCGACAGAAUCUGAUAAGGCAUCUUGAAAUUCUAGAGAAACAAGUUCAGUCAGAAAAAGAGGACAAGAAGAGUGUCAACAGAGUGCUGGAAAUGAUCAGGAAAGAGAAGGAGAAAUAUAAGGAGGCUUGGGAAAAAGAACGCAGAGAAUGGUGGGAAAAACAAAAAGAAGAGGAGGAGAAGAGAAAACAGGAGGAGCAAAGGAAAAGGAGAGAACUUGAGGAGCAGUACAAGAAGGAAAUUGAAAGAUAUGAAGAGGAAAGAAAGAUGGAGGAACAGAUCAGAAGAGAACAGGAAGAAAAAGAACGAAAGAUUUUAGAAGAAAAACUGGAAGGACUUCAAAAGGAAUACGAAGAGAAAGCAAGAGAGGAAGCUGUCAAGUCAAACGAAUUCCAGGAGAAAUAUAAAAAGGAGUUUGAGGCUCAGAAGGAGGUUCAUGAGAAGCAAAUGAAGGACCAAGAUGAGAAGUAUGACCUGUUGAAGGUGCUGGCAGCACAUAAAGAAGCAGAAAAGAGGAAACGAUAUCAGGCAGAAAUUAAUAAUUUAGUGAAAUGUGUUUCAUAG